AUGGUGGCGGGACAUGGGAGAAAACAGACGGAGUUUGAGAUGUCACAAGCCGCGUCAGCCUCACAACCUGGAGCGCAUAUUUCUAACAACAGGUUUCUGUGUGACGCCGAGGGCAUCACCAUUCACACAACUGUCACUCGACCGUCGGUGUCUCACCUACCCGGGCUCAAUCUGAACCCCCGGAUGUCCGUAUACAGCACAACUCGUCAAGUUAUCGUCAGCCGUGCUUACAUUCAAGGACGCGCUUAUAACUUUCUGGAAAGACCAUCUGGGUGGAAAUGCUUCGUGUAUCACUUCUCGGUGUUCCUCAUCGUGCUCGCCUGUCUAAUCCUCAGUGUGCUCUCUACUAUAGGGCAGUACCAGGCUCUGGCACAUGGUACUCUCUUCUGGGUGGAGAUAGCGCUGGUGAUGUUAUUUGGUGUGGAGUAUGGUGUGCGGCUGUGGUCGGCAGGGUGCCGUAGUAAAUAUGUUGGCGUCUGGGGCCGGCUGCGCUUUGCCAGGAAGCCCAUCUCCAUCAUCGGCAAGUGCCUGGAACAAACUCCACACUGGCAUCCUUAG